UCUUCUGUGUCAGUGUAGAGAAAUGAAAUGUUUUAUCCAUUGUCAGCAGUCCAGCUUGUGCUGAAACAGCUGAUGGAAAGAAAGAGCAGCUUGAUUAAGCUAAAUGAUUUGCCCGUGCGAUUUGGGAAGCCUCCCGAGACACAGUCUCUGUGAAUACGAUGCAGUGCUCCAGCAGAAAUGAGCAACACAAAUCCUCAACGCCAUGCCAACAUGGAGGUGCACGCAUGAAUAUUGCCUCUCUGUCUCUCGGUCUUACUCACACCCUUGCUCACUCGCAUAUUUGACAGACGCACAUGCUGUCGUGUCGCAAAUGCGCACUCAGCCUCUAACGGGAGGCAGCUGCAGACACACACACACGCACGCGCACGCACACACACACACACACAAACGCAUACACACAUGCACACGCCUGCAGCCACUGCCUGAUUAGCUUGCGAGGGCUGUCUACAGCAUCCAGGGAAAUGGCGAAAGAGGCUGAGCACUGGAGGACGAACGGCAGCCCAAAACAGCAGGAUUAGACUUUUGUUGCGUUUUUGGCCGGCUGAGGCAUGGACUGACUGGGAGCAGAGGGCUGGGCUGCGUUGCUAUCGGGAGGCGAGCUGAUCGCCUGUACGCAGGCAGUGUGCAGCCGCGAUUUGGAAAGCGGCGACUCAGACGGGCUGUUGCACCGGUAGGACUGGGCCGGGCCUUUGGAUCUGUACCGUCGGGGAGGGGCAGGCGACACAAGGAGAAAAGAGACUGUUUCUUCAGACCCGAAUUGUGGCGUGAUUCUCCCGCGGGAUCGUCUGCUCGGAGGCCUGCCUGCGUUCCUUCUCCAUUUCUUCCUGGCUGUCCCUGUCUCAUUCGCCGUGUUCUUGUUUUUCCCUUGUUGUUAUCUGCGUCCUCCUCCCUCCACCCAGCUCCUUCCUGAUGCUCCCGCUGCCAUCCAAGUUCCCUUUACCCCCACUAUUCAAAAUUACAAACCUCACCCUCCCUGUUUUCCUCAUGUCUGCCUUCUAACUAAUUUCAUUACCUUCUGCCAAGAUAAUCAGCUCUUGCAGUGUUCCCUUUUUUGUUUACAUCCCUCAAAUAAUCACAUCUUCUCCGUUAACUCCUUUCUGUGUCCUUCAGACGGUCUUGCGUUCCCCUCUGUUUUGCUCCAUCCGUACUCAUCCAUCCUCAUCCUUUUAUCCUGUGGUGACUUUAGAUUUCGGUCAGCCUGCUCUGGAAAUGGGAUAAGAUGUAGUCUCCACAGCAGCCAGAUCCAGGGGGGGCUCCUGGUCUGCCCAUCAGGGGGACCCUCAUCUGCGGAGCACACUGAAGCUGGAGCCUGACUCAGGACCGACUGGGUGCCCCGCUUUGGAGUACUGGAUGUAGACAAGGAUAUUCUGCACAGGCUGCCCCUACCCUCCACCCCUUCCCCCAUUCCCCAUUUUGGGACAGACGCCACUCUGGAGUGUCCCGGUUUGACUGGCUGUGGCCUCUCCCCACGAACCUUGACAACGCCCUCAUGCCACUGGGGCACCCGCACUGCCGCCGGCCCGCUUCACUACCGCACCUCAUACCUGUGUCGUAGGCCAAAGCCCCCAGGUUCCCUCAACAUGGGUGUGGUGGAGGCCAUCGACCCGGUGCCGUCUCAGUGCCCCUCGCCUGUACCAGGGGGCUACAGGCUGCCCCGUUCCUCCAGCUACAGUCCUCUGCAGGGGAGGCCGGGGGCAGAGCUGGACCUUAGUGCAGCCGACGGAGGCGUGAGGGAGGGAGGCGGGACAGCGGCCGAACGCAGGACGCCCUUAGUGGACCUGUUCUGCGAGACCUGCACAAGGCCCUGGCUCAUCGGGUGGUGGGACCAGUUCAAGAGGAUGUUAAACAGGGAGCUCUCCCAUUUGUCAGAGAUGAGUCGCUCAGGGAACCAAGUGUCAGAAUACAUCUCCACUACCUUUCUAGAUAAGCAAAACGAAGUGGAAAUCCCAUCUCCAACUCAGAGGGAGAGAGAGAAGCCCAUGUGCCACAUCAGCGGUGUGAAGAAGCUCACGCACAGUUCCAGCCUUUCCAACUCCACCAUGCCUCGGUUUGGCGUGAAGACGGAGCACGAGGAAGCUUUAGCCAGGGAACUGGAUGACUUGAACAAGUGGGGCCUUAAUAUCUUUCAAGUGGCAGAGUUCUCCAAUAAUCGACCCCUAAGCUGCAUCAUGUUUGCCAUUUUCCAGGAAAGAGAUCUGCUGAAGACUUUUCAGAUCCCUGUGGAUACUUUUGUCACAUAUGUGAUGACCCUGGAGGACCACUAUCACGCCAAUGUCGCCUACCACAACAGCCUUCAUGCUGCUGAUGUCACCCAGUCUACCCAUGUACUGCUAUCCACACCAGCUCUAGAUGCCGUAUUCACAGACCUAGAGAUAUUAGCAGCUUUAUUUGCCGCUGCCAUUCACGAUGUAGACCAUCCAGGAGUGUCCAACCAGUUCCUCAUAAACACAAAUUCAGAGCUGGCGCUAAUGUAUAAUGAUGAGUCUGUCUUGGAGAACCACCACCUGGCUGUGGGCUUUAAGCUGCUCCAUGAGGAGAACUGUGACAUCUUCCAGAACCUUACCAAAAGGCAGAGGCAGAGCCUGAGAAAACUUGUGAUUGAUAUGGUUUUGGCUACAGAUAUGUCCAAACACAUGAGUUUGCUGGCAGACCUCAAAACGAUGGUGGAGACCAAGAAAGUGACAAGUUCUGGAGUUCUGAUGCUCGACCACUACACCGACAGAAUACAGGUACUGAGGAAUAUGGUGCACUGCGCAGACCUGAGCAAUCCUACAAAGCCUCUGCACGUGUAUCGGCAAUGGACGGAGAGAAUCAUGGAGGAGUUCUUCAGACAAGGAGACAAGGAGAGGGAGCGAGGCAUGGAGAUCAGUCCCAUGUGCGAUAAACACACCGCAUCCGUGGAAAAAAGUCAGGUGGGCUUCAUUGACUACAUUGUUCAUCCACUAUGGGAGACAUGGGGAGACCUUGUCCAUCCCGAUGCCCAGGAGAUCCUGGACACACUAGAGGACAACAGGGACUGGUACCAGAGCACUAUCCCACAAAGCCCAUCGCCACCUCCUGUGGGCCAGGACAAGGAGCUCAAUAAAUGCAUUGACAAGUUUCAGUUUGCGCUCACCCUGGAGGAGAGCUCUCAGAACGAGCAGGGACACGAGGGCGACGAAACCACGCCAAACCACGUGGCAGAAGACUGCACCGACAUGGACAAGGAUGACGAAAACGAGGAUAAGGAAGAUCUGAUGUCAGAGGAGAAGAACGAGGACACGAUAGAGGAAGAGGAUGAGGUGGCAAUGGAGGAAGAGGAAGAAGAGCUGAAAUCUCGGUUAGUCGAGGAGCCAGAAAAGGAAAGACUUUAUGACACAAGUCCUGUAGAAGAAGAGGAAGAUUCUUCUUCUCAAGCUGAAGAUACAUGAGGUCUGCUCCUGUAUCGCCCUCCUAACUUGCACACAUGAAGUUGUCGAUUCUUUAAAUGGUCAAACAAAGAACAAAUAUGACUGCAAUGACAAUACUAACCUUUAAAUAUAUUUUUCAAAAAGGGAAUACAUUCAAAAUCGCUCAAAGAGAAGCUAAUUACACAGCAACUGUAGAUUUGGAGUGAUGACAAGUUCUAGGACUAAUUUCACUUGGAACUUAAGACUAGUGGGAAUUUAGACGGCCAUUAUUGAUGGGCAGUGGAACGCAGUGUAGCACUCUGGUGACUGAAAUGCACAUAAAUAAACACACACGAAAUCACUCAAAAAUAUCUACAAAAACAUGAUCAAAAGCAAGUCUUGUAGAGUACAACAAUGCAAUGCGCAUACAUGAAUGCAGCAAUCCAUGCAGUAUAAACGCAUUUCACAUGUAUCCCUACCAUUUUUAGAAAUGCACACAGAUUUGCACCGACACACACCUGCACACACACACUUGACUGUAUGUUUGUAUGUGUGCAUUUACACAAGGGACAGUGAUCAGCGAUGAAUCUCUUUGGAAAAAGCCAUUCUUUAUCGGUGUAUUAACUAGUGUUCAGUCAGUAUUAGUAAUUCAUGUCUGUUAGAGUCUCAAUAGAAACUGCUCUCGUCAGAGAAGCUUCUGUGACUUUUUUGCCAUUUCUGUCAGAAAUGAAGGCUAAAAAAAAUAAAAAAUCCGCAGAGUUGGAGAAAGAGAAGAGCGAAAAAAAAGAAGAUGCUGCGCCGAAGGGGCCCAGAGAGGUCCCCUAUCAUUUUUCCCUUUACGAGGAGAGUGCUACUAGUGCAAGAUGGCUCUGUGCCUUUGUGAAACAUUAGCUUCCUGACUGAAGCUGUGGUGAAGCAAUGCAUUGUGGAACAGGAGAGUCUGACUUUAGGUAUCAUUUUUGAUUGUCUCUUGUUGAAAAUCUCUCUUUACUGUUCAAGGUAUCGUGUAUAACUCACACGUACAAGUUUCCGCGGCGAUAUGUUUUCUGCUGUAAGUCUUCCUUUCGUUGCUCUUCUGGUAAAAUGACAACUCAGAACUUUAGAUGCAGAGCAAUCACUUAACACCACCACUACCACCACUGGACUCUUUCCAGCUUAUAUAUUUAUUUCCUAAAAGACUGAUUUUAUUAUUAUUAUUAAUAUCAUUCUUCUUAUUAUUAUUAUUAUUUUCUAAACUUUCAGAGAAUAAGCCAUGAGAUGCUUUGAAGCAUAUACUUUUUUGCCUAUUUUAUAUUUACAAGUUUGCUGAAUAUGUCAGAAAAGGAGAGAGCGUUUCAUCAGCGGAACAAAAAUUCAUUUGCUGUCUCACAACCAUCCACUCUUUUCUAUUUUUUGUCUCCUCAUACAUAACAACUCUCACCAAAGUUAAGUAGGACAAGCUUCAGUGGGUGAGCUGAAUUGAAGGAAAUCAGGGAGGCAGAAUGUCAGGGAAAAGCUCUGGUAGUCCCUAGUCAUCCUUUCUAUGUUUGAUGGUUUGUUGCCUUAACGUUAGAUGCAGGAUACAUACCUAUAAGUAUGUAGAUUUAAAGAUAUAAUAUAGAUAUCCUAGUAUAUUUAUAUCACAUCUGUAUACUUAUUUCUGUGUUGGUGUGAGACAAUGUAUUUUGCGCAUGGAGGGGAAGCUGGAAACACUGCUGCCAGUUAUUUUUGUCGUGGCUGUGCUUAGAUCAACUAUACGAAUGUGUUGUUUU